GCACUAACGUUUAUUCCCGAAGAAACAAACUGGAAGGAGAACGCUAACAAACGUAUUGAUAAAUACAGAAAAAGUAACAUCAAUUUUACAUUCAACAUACCGGCUAAUACAGACCCCCAUGAGUACGACAUAGAAAUCAAAAUGACCAAACAUGAUUUCAAAUUCGGAUCUGAAGUUACAGAGGAUUUGAUUAUUGAACCUAAAUACGCCCAUUUUCGAGAGCUGUUCUAUUAUAUGUUCAACUAUGCAACCAUGGCAACCUAUUUCUGGCAGUGGUCACAUGGGCCAAGGGAAAGUCCAGAUUAUGGCAAUUCUGACAAAGCACUUGAUGUUCUGAAACAAAAUGGAAUACCAACCAGAGGUCAUAACAUUUUUUGGGGUGUUGAUCGUUUUGUUCCAAAAUGGGUUCUCCCCUUGUCGCAAGUUGAACUGGAAAAGGAAAUAGAACACAGAAUCCAUUAUGUACUCAAUGUCACCAAGGGAAAGCUUGAAAAUUGGGAUGUGAAUAAUGAGAUGUUACAUGGACAUUUUUAUGAAAAUAAAAUGAAUGACCCUUACUACAGUCAUAAAAUAUACAAACUUGUACAUCAGACAGAUCCUACCGUUAAACUCUUUCUAAAUGAUUAUCAGAUUGUUGCUAACGGUACCAGUGUGUCGUCUUAUGUUGACCAAGCUCGUGAGUUCAAAAAAGCUAAUAUACCUAUAUACGCCCUGGGCGUACAAAGUCAUUUUGAUGAUUACCGUGAACCCGAUCCAACUCUGACAUUGAAACGGUUGGAUCAGUUAGCAGUAACAGGCCUGCCUAUAUGGAUAACAGAAAUGGAUGUUGUUGCCGCUGACGAAAAUGUGAGGCGUGAUUGGUAUGAAACAUUGUAUCGCGUUUACUUCAGUCAUCCGUCUGUUGAAGCCAUUAUUCUGUGGGGAUUCUGGGGACCAAAACAUUGGAUUGGAGAAAAGGCAUCUCUUGUCAGUGGCAAUGAUUAUACGAUUAACGCAGCCGGUCAAGGAUACCUUGAUCUUGUCUUAAAGGAGUGGAAUACACAUGUCACUAGGAGGUUAUCUUCUGGUAAACAGUUUUUAGUACGAGGCUUCCAUGGUGAUUAUGAAAUAACUAUAAAAUAUAAAGGAGUGCCAGUUGUUUUCCAAACAUUCUCACUUGGUAAACAAUAUAAAGAAGUAAACAUUGAUGUCACUGAUAUACAUGCUCAGGUGAACAUUCCCACAACCUCCUCUCCCCUGAUAUUUCACCGCCCGACCGUUCAUCAUAAAAUUGUUACACACCAGAUCUACUAUCAAGGAAGGGCUACCUCCGGGGAUUCGUCUACUGUGACCUGUGUGAACAAAUGGUCUGCUUUCUCUGUGAUAAAGGAUGAUCAGCACGUAGAUGUGAAAUGUCCACAAGAUUACGUGUUGACUGGCUGCUCUUCAUUAACAAAGGCUUUAACUGCGAAAGGUGAUGGAACAUCUGUAGACACACAGAAUGGUGUAGUCUGUAGAGCUUGGAAUGGUGGUGGACCUGACAAUUAUAAUUCACCUGUUCACGCUUUUGCUAGAUGUUGUAAAGUGACAGGAUUACAAUGUGAAUACAGAGCAACACCCAAACCUUCUUCGUCAGAAUUUGACAUCAUCGUGGAAACCAAAUGCCCAAAUAAUAUGUAUGCCACAGGUUGUGCUGCUCAUAAUUGGAAUAGGCAUAUGGAUGGUGUUUAUCCUACAACGCAUUCCUGUCGGGCGCAGAAUCAGGAUGACUUUGGGGGAAAUUGGCUUUACUCUAUUUGUUGCAAUGCUUCUAAUAUGCAUUGUCAAGUGAAAAAAUCGACAUUUGUAAGUGGUCAUAAAAUUGGAGACGCAUCUGUAGUAAGCUGCGGCACUGGUUGGACUAUGACUGGGUGUCAUGGCGUCUCGGAAGAUGGCGACGUUUCUGGUUCAUUUAUUGAAGGUGAUAAAUGUUUAGCAUUUAAUGGUGAAAUGAAAACACCGGGUAUGGCUGGUAGUGUAGCGUAUGCUACUUGUUGCAAAAUUAUGUAGAUUGACUGGC